CACCGGAGUAGUAGUUAAAUACUUAAAUCCCCUCAAAAGAAACAUGUACAAACUCCCUCAAGCUAUAUGCCUAGAUCAGCUGAAAAUUACCCAACAUCCUGUGUUUCAUCUGCUUUAGCCAACCCGCCAAAUGGCAGCGAUUCCCAACCACCAUCUUCUUCCCUGCCAAAAUCCCGCCAUUUCUUCUUCUUCAUCAUCUUCUUCUCAUUCUAAAACCCUAAAUUCCUCUUCUUCAAUCUCCUUAAACCCAUCAAUUACAUUCAUCAGAAGAUUACCCACUUUCCGAUGCGAAUCCCUAAAUCGUCGGCAUUGGACGAUGGUUGAUUAUCACGUUUCUAAACUCAACCCAAUUGAAAUCAUCCCCAAUUCCCCCACAUUUCAAAUGACGUCAAAUCAGGAGAAUUCUGUCAAAUUUUCGAAGAAGAUUUGCCUUUUUUAUUGCCCUGAAACUAAAGCUCUUGCUGAGAGAAUUGCCGCACAAUCUGAUUGUAUUCAACUUCGAAGCAUUUCUUGGAGGACAUUUGAAGAUGGCUUCCCCAACCUGUUCAUAUCUAAUGCUCAAGGUAUACGGGGACAGCAUGUUGCUUUCUUGGCAUCAUUCAGUUCCCCUGGUGUAAUAUUUGAGCAACUCUCUGUGAUAUAUGCUCUGCCGAAGCUUUUUGUUGCCUCCUUCACCCUUGUCCUUCCCUUUUUUCCUACUGGCACUUCUGAGCGGAUGGAAGAUGAAGGGGACGUUGCAACUGCUUUCACUCUUGCUAGGAUUUUGUCAAAUAUACCAAUUUCGAGGGGAGGCCCAACUAGCUUGGUGACAUUCGAUAUACAUGCCUUGCAGGAAAGAUUUUACUUUGGUGACAAAAUAUUGCCAUGCUUUGAGAGUGGAAUACCUUUGCUCAAAAAGAGAUUGCAACAACUGCCUGAUUCUGACAAUAUAUCAAUUGCUUUUCCUGAUGAUGGUGCAUGGAAACGCUUUCAUAAGCAGCUGCAACACUUUCCCACGGUAGUUUGUGCAAAAGUUCGAGAAGGUGAUAAACGUAUUGUUCGUCUGAAGGAGGGUGAUCCUAGAGGCCGUCAUGUUGUGAUUGUUGAUGACCUAGUACAAUCUGGUGGCACCCUUAUAGAAUGUCAGAAAGUAUUGGCUGCUCAUGGAGCUGCAAAGAUCAGUGCGUACGUCACACAUGGAAUAUUUCCAAAUAAAUCAUGGGAACGCUUUAAACCUGAUACAACAGGUUGCCCUGAGGAGGAAAUGUCAUACUUCUGGAUCACUGACUCUUGCCCUCUGACAGUGAAGGAGGUGAAGAACAGGCCUCCUUUUGAAGUCAUUAGCCUUGCUGGAUCAAUAGCUGCAGCUCUUCAGAUUUAAUACAAUUGCGACAGUUAGCAAAAAGUAGUGCACAAAACGAGUUUUAGUUACUUGCCCAGUAUAAUCUUUUGUCGUCAGUUUUGUUUGUUGCAUAUUGUGAAGGAUACAGAAAUUUUGGUUUCAUAAAGAGUCGGAGAUUGUAAAUUGUUGGCAGAAUUUCAGUAGUUGCUUAAACAGCAACAAUCGUAGGAGAUAGUAGACAUCAAAUUCUUUUCAUAUCAUUGAAAUUCUUAUCUGGAUUCUGAGUCCUCUUCUGACUGCAAGAAGGGCUCCUACUUCAGAAGUUAUGUUUAAUUCUUUUCAUAUCAUUGAAAUUCU